AAAACCAUAACGAACACUUGGGAAAAUUGCUUGCUCCCGAGUUUGGGGAUUUUUGAGACCUUUUCAAUUCUCGAGGAUCGAAUUGGUUCACUUCACACGAAUGAACGGCGUGACUGUGAGCAGUUACCCAUCAUCUUCUUCUCACAGUCGUCUAAGGAGAUGGCUCCACCAGGAAACCACCACCGUUAUCCAGAACUGAAAUCUCCUCUGCGGAGACAAGUCCACGCUCCUUCUCCUGUCCGAAAGUUCGGUUUCUCUGCUUUCACAAGACAGAAUCGUAACGCUGUAGGACAAGUUUCUGGUAACGCUUUACUCAAUGGGAACUGUAACAGCUUAGAAAGGAACACACUUGAUUUGCGUUUGCAAUGUAGAAUGGAUAGAGAAGUGAUUGAUGUUGAUGACGACGAGGAGGAGGUUGAUUACGUGGAGGUGAUAUCCGAUGAUGACGAGGUUGAGAACGUUGUGGCUAUGGAAGAAGAGAGUGAAAAGGAAGUGUCUUUAGAUGGUUUCAGUGUGGAAAAUGGGAGCUUGAUGGUGGUGGAUGAUGAUGAUGAUCCUCAAGCUGAUAAGAAAAGUUUGAAUCGCCCUGUGACUGAUGUUUGUAGCUUUGAAGCGUAUAGAAAGGCUCUCAAGAGCGCUGAGAACCGGACUUCUAAACUGAAAGCCAGAGGCUUUGGUGAUUUUUUGAGAGAAAGGGGUCGUGGUUUGUUGCGAAGCUUGCGUUCCUUUUUCAUACCAGAGCAAGAACCAGUAGAGGAUGGACGGAGUGAACCAUUUGAACCACUUUCCAAAGAAGAGUUGACAGCAGUCAAGGAUGCAUUCUCAGCUAAUGUUCACAACAUCUUGGUUUCACAUGAGAAUUCAAAUAUUGACAUUACUGUGGAGAAACUGAGGUGUCUUAAACCAGGUCAAUGGCUGAACGAUGAGGUGAUUAAUCUGUAUCUGGUAUUGCUGAAAGAAAGGGAAGCUAGAGAGCCAAAGAAGUUUAUCAAAUGUCAUUUUUUCAAUACAUUUUUCUUCACCAAGUUAGUUAAUUCGGGGACUGGAUACAACUACAAUGCAGUCAGAAGAUGGACUUCAAUGAAGAAGUUGGGUUACCAUCUUAUAGAUUGUGACAAGAUAUUUAUCCCUAUACAUAUGAACAUUCACUGGACUUUGGCUGUUAUUAAUAUAAAGGAACGAAAAUUCCAGUAUCUUGAUUCGUACAAAGGAAGAGAGCCUAGAAUCCUCGAUGCGCUGGCUAGAUACUUUGCCGAUGAAGUUAAGGAUAAGAAUCAAGUAGAUGUUGAUGUAAGUCAAUGGAGACAAGAGUUUGUGCAGGACCUUCCUGAGCAGAGUAAUGGAUUUGAUUGUGGAAUGUUUAUGCUGAAGUACAUGGACUUCUACAGCAGAGGUCUGGAUCUUUGUUUCACUGAGGAACAUAUGGCAUACUUCCGGGUUAGGACAGCGAAGGAGAUUCUGCAACUGAGAGCUGAGUGAUUUUUUUUUUUGAAAAGAGAAUAGUUUUGAAAGGUUUUUCAUGUAGAUAGUGUUGGAGAGAGUUACUAAGUUAGUUGUGUUCUUAAAUAUUUUGGUGUACAUACAGAAAAGGAUAACAAUGUGGUUGUGUUAUGACUGUUAUCUCUGUUGGUAGUGAAAAUUUGAAUGAUUUUU